AUGAGUGGAGGAAAUAUCAAAGUGGUUGUCAGAUGUCGUCCUUUAAAUUCAAGAGAAAUUGCUCGAGGGGCCAAGUGCCUUAUUAGAAUGGAGGGUGAUCAAACUAUUAUUACCAGACCUGAUGAUGCAAAAACCGGAAAAAAAGAUGCCGAGGAUGUUAAAGCAUUUACUUUUGACAAGUCUUAUUGGUCUUUUGACAAGAAUGACCACAACUAUGCUACUCAAGCAAUGUUAUAUGGUGACCUUGGCGAAGAGUUACUUAACCAUGCUUUUGGAGGAUACAAUACUUGUAUUUUUGCAUAUGGUCAAACUGGUGCCGGAAAAUCAUAUUCUAUGAUGGGAUAUGGUGAAGAUAAAGGAAUUAUACCCUUGACAUGUGCUGAAUUAUUUAAAAGAAUCGAUAGUUCCACCGUCGAAAAUGUGACUUACCAAGUUCAAGUCUCAUAUAUUGAAAUUUAUAAUGAACGUGUUAGAGAUUUAUUAAAUCCUAAAAAUAAAGGAAAUCUUAAAGUCAGAGAACAUCCUAUGUUGGGUCCAUAUGUCGAAGAUUUAUCUAAAUUGAUUGUUAGAUCUUUUGAUGAUAUUGAAAAUUUAAUGGACGAGGGUAAUAAGGCAAGAACGGUGGCAGCAACAAAUAUGAAUGAAACUUCAAGUCGCUCUCAUGCUGUGUUUACAUUAUUAUUAACACAAAAACGUCACGACUCUGAAACUAAUAUGGAUACAGAAAAAGUUUCUCGCAUCAGUCUUGUAGAUUUAGCUGGUUCUGAACGUGCAAAUUCUACUGGUGCAACAGGAGCACGAUUAAAAGAAGGCGCAAACAUCAACAAGUCUCUAACAACAUUGGGUAAAGUUAUUUCUGCUUUAGCUGAACAAUCAUCAGGUGGGGGUAAAAAGGGAGCAAAGAAAGGGGAUAGUUUUGUACCAUAUAGAGACUCGGUUUUGACUUGGUUAUUGAAGGACAGCUUAGGUGGUAAUUCUAAAACUGCUAUGAUUGCUGCAAUUUCGCCUGCUGAUUAUGAUGAAACUCUUAGUACCCUUCGUUACGCUGAUGCGGCUAAACGUAUUAAGAACAAAGCUGUCGUAAAUGAAGAUCCUAAUGCCAAACUUAUUCGUGAACUUAAAGAAGAGUUACAGGCAUUGCGUAGCAAACUUAAUAUCGACCCUAAUGCAAAUAUCAGUGACGUAAUAGGAGAAUCACAAAAUGAUGUAAACCUUCCGCCCUCUCAACAAUUUGUUACACUUACGGACAAGGAAGGCAAUACGAUAAAAAAAUCUAAAGAAGAAUUACUUGAUCAAAUACAAGCUUCUGAAAAAUUGAUGGAUGAGGUGAAGGAAACAUGGCAAGAAAAAAUGCGUAAAACUGAAGAGAUACAACGCGAGCGUGAAAAAACUCUGGAAGAACUUGGUAUUAUGGUAGAGAAAAAUGCAGUUGGUGUACAUCCUCCAAAGAAAAUACCACAUCUUGUCAAUCUCAACGAAGAUCCAUUAAUGUCAGAAUGUUUAGUCUACCAGAUCAAGAGUGGUACAACACGUGUUGGUAGACUUGAGUCUGAAACUCAAGCUGAUAUACGUUUGAGCGGUGAAAAAAUUCAGGAUGAACAUUGUUACUUUGAAAAUAAGGAUGGUGCUGUAACAUUACAUCCAUGUAAUGAUGGUUUAAUAAUGGUAAAUGGUAUGCGUAUAGAAAAACCAAAAAGAUUAAAGUCCGGAUACCGUAUUAUUCUUGGAGACUUUCAUGUGUUUAGAUUUAAUCAUCCUGAAGAAGUUAGAAGGGAACGUGCUAAAUCAAAACAACUUAGUAUUAGUAUAAAUGGUCCUUUAACACCCGGCACUGAUGAUGGAAAAGCACCUGAUUCGCCUACAUCCACUGCAUCCCUUAUGUCUGAAGCUGUUAUAGAUUGGAAUUUCGCAAGACGAGAAGUUGCUCUUAAUUAUGGUGUUGACCCUACAAAUUUACCUGAUGAAGAUUUACAAAAAUUGAUGGAUGAUAUUAAAAAAAUCCAAAUUUCUCGUAAACGACCAGACAGCAGAAGUGGUGAUUUCGAUGACGACACAGAAUCAAGGACCUCAGAGAAAAUGGGUUCAUAUGAACCGACUGAUACAAAUUAUUCUAGUGAGUUGGAAUCUGAAAUUGAAGGAAAAGUCAAACAGUUAAAAGAAGAAAUGCAACAACAAUUUGAAACACAAAGGCAAGAAUAUGAAGACAAAAUAAAACAAAUGAAUGCUUCGAAUCUUGAAGCAGAUGAAUUAAAAGCUGAAAAGAAACAGAUGGAGGAAAAACUUAAAAUGGUUCAAGAUGAAAUGCGUAGGAUGAUGGAAGUUCAAGCUCAUAAACUUAAAAAAAUAUCACAAGCUCCUUACGAAGAUUAUAGUAAAACGUCACCAGGAGAACCAACAUAUACUGAAGAACAAUUACGUCUUAUUAGGAUGGCUAUUAAGAAAUGGCAACAUCAAAGAUACGUUUUUAUGGCCGAGACGAUACUUAGUAAUGCAGUUGUAUUGAAAGAAGCUAAUGUUAUAAGUAAAGAACUUGGUAAAAAAAUUCUUUAUCAGUUUACUAUUAUAGAAGAUGAACCAUUCACAAAUCCUGUUUCGUCUUAUGAAAGUACAUCGGCAUUAAGUCAAUAUAACAACAACGAGGACAUUUCACUGCACUCAUCUAAAAAACCUUGUGUAGGAGUGAAGGUUAUUGAUUUUAAAAAUGGAGUUGUAUAUGUCUGGUCUUUGGAUAAACUUAAAACUCGUCUCCAAAAGAUGCGCAAUUUGUAUAACUUUAUAGAUCGCCCUCAAUAUAGUAGACAUUUCAAUUGGGAAGACCCAUUUUAUGAAACUCCAUUACCUCAUUAUACCUUUAUAGGAAGUACUUCUAUUGGUUUAACAAGUUUACUAUAUAAAACUGAACAUGAACAUAAAGCACCAGUAGUUUGUAGAUAUUCUGGUGAUAUAUUGGGUUAUUGCAAAAUUCGUAUCAAAUACAUUGCAGAUUAUUUAGAAAAAUACAAGGAUGACAAAGAAGAGAAGGGAAAGGAAGAUAAAGAGAAAGAGGGGAAAGAAGAGAAAGAAGAGAAAGAAGAAAAAGAAGAGAAAGAAGAUGAUAAUAAUAAUAAUGUUGGUGCCAAUUGCGCUGUCGUUGCUACUACUAAUGUUAAUAACAGUACCAAUAAUAAUGAAACUUCGACUAAAUUGUCAAUUGGAUAUAUGGUUGUAUUUGAAAUCAAAAUACUAGAUCUCACUGGUAUUUCAGAGUCACAAUUUACAGAUGUGCACGUACAAUUCAAAAAAUCGAUAUUUGGAAGUAUAUCACCAUCAUCAUCUAUAGCGAAUGAACAAAUUUAUUCCACUAAUAUAAUGACUGACUUUGGAAAUUCGGCAAUUAAUUUUAAUUACGAACAAACAAUUAAAUUGAUAGUAACACCUGAGGUGAUUGAUACACUUACAAAUCACAUGUUAACAUUUGAAGUUUUUGGGCGUGCAAAACAAUGUGCUUUAGAGGAAAUGAAAAAAUGGGAUGAUCAUAAGGAGAGGCCACUUUACAGAGGUAUAAAUGGACAGGUACCCACCGAUUCUAUCGCUCAAAGAGAACGUCGUUCUGAGGAAGAACUUGUAGCAGAAGAAAAACAUGACCUUGUAGCUUGGGUACAAGUUUGUGAGCUUGCACCUACAGGAGAAUAUGUACCAGUUCAAGUACUUUCACAAAAUACACUAGAUCCUGGUGCAUUCUUUUUAAGACAAGGAUUACAACGACGAAUAAUUUUAACAUUGACACACAAUUCUGGUAGACAAUUUCCUUGGAGUAAAAUACCAAAAAUGGAAAUUGGACAUGUUAGAUUAUUAGAUGGAAAAGGAAGAUUGUCAGAGUCGCCAAUCCAGAACGAUGUUCAAAUGAAUUUGCUACCACAUCAACCUGUUCAAUUUAAUAGAGAUGGUACAAGCGUGAUUGUUGCACAAGCAUCAUGGGACAGUACACUUCACGAUUCAAUAUUUUUGAAUAGGACAACAGCUUCCAAUAGUCGUGUUUUAUUAGGAUUAACAUGGUAUGUUGAAGCAGAAAAAUGUGUAGAACCCGUAUCAUUUCACAUGGAUAUUGCGGUGCAAAUCCAAGGACGUGAAGCAAGACCACCAUCAAAAUUAAUACAAUUGUUAAAUCAAUCAAAAGUAUUAUGGAAAUCUAGUGGACUAUUUUCUGUUACACUCAAACCACCAAUGACACGUGAAAUUUCUGAACUUUGGCGUCUCAAUACAGCCAAUAAAUACGUACGCGGAGAAGAAUUUUUGGAAGAUUGGAAACCACGCGGUGUUUUAUUAAUUAAGGAUUUCAAAAAAGUUAGCGAGUCAAUAAGAAGGCAAGAAGCAGUUGAACACACCAAACAAGUUAUUGCAGUAUUAGGAUCUCGUAAUAAAACAGCAUCAUCAGAUAAAAAAACUGUUGAAUAUGAUCCUGUUGAUUUAGUGAAAAAAGCCGUAACACUUUGGACAAAGAGAUGGGGGAUAUCCAAAGAGAUUAUAAUAAAUCAAGAACCACCGAUUUCAGGAUCAUGCAAUGAUCUAAGUCCAUCAAAAGGUUCUAAAUCUACAAAAUUAGUUGCACAAGGUUAUUUGUUUACUCCGGAAAAUGCAGAUGAUGUUUGGGUGAAACGUUGGUAUGUCUUAAGAAGGCCAUACUUAUUUAUUUAUGAAUCGCAAAAAGAAACCGAAGAACAAGGUGUAAUAAAUCUCGGAUCUGUUAGAGUUGAUUAUAAAAAAGAUUUGGAAAAUAUGCUUCAGAGACAAAAUGUAUUUGCUAUUUAUACUAAUAAUAAUGGAUAUAUAUUGCAAGCAACUUCAAGGCAAGAUAUGAUUGACUGGAUUUCCAAGGUCGAUCAAUUUUAUCAAAUUUCAUCAAUAGAAUAA